AUGUCCCUCCCACGCAUCUCCUUCCUGGAAGGAUGGGAGCGCACUCCAGCCGCAGCCUUCCUGCGGGGAAAUGAACCCCAGUCAGACACCGAGUCCGAUACUUAUCAGGACCUCCCCGACGAUGCUUCGAUAGCAUCUUCCUUCCCCUCCACGUAUAGCAGACUCAAUUUCAAUCCCUAUGCGGGGCCCGGCUGGAGCGAGAGCGCAGUGGACGAUCGCGACGAUCGACCCUCGCUGCUGGGAUCGCUGGGUCUUUCCCCCACGACGACACGGGAGACGACUCGUGCGGAACCCGAGCGGGGACUGCAUCUAGAGUCCCCGACGCCUCCUGUGGCAGUGCUUAAGGAGCCCUUCUGGUUGUCUGAUACCCGGGGUGCUUUUGAAGUGAGCCCUGCACGACGAAUCGUCCAGGUGUGUUUGGCUGUUAUCUACUGCUUUCUCGCUGCGGGCGUGGUAUUCGGCUUUGCGGCGUUGAAACCGGUUCUCAUCAAGGAGCAUGUAUAUCGUAAUCUUUGCUCUCGGGAGGAGCUUGAUAACGAGGUUGCGGUAUGCAAUGGGCAGGAAAUCAAGCUAAACUUGAUGUUCACUAUUGCCGCCGUGGUCACCAACGUCUCGGCUCUACCUGUAGGAACCAUCCUGGAUGCAUACGGUCCCCGAGUCAGUGGCAUCAUCGGCAGUUUCUGUCUAGCCAUUGGUGCCACCAUCUUUGCCCUGGCCGAGCAACUACCCUUUGACGGGUACAUCCCGGGAUACCUACUCUUAUCCCUGGGGGGACCAUUCGUCUUCAUCUCCUCCUUCCAGCUAUCAAACACAUUCCCCAAACGAUCAGGACUAAUCCUCUCAAUGUUAACCGGCGCAUUCGACGCAUCAAGCGCCCUCUUCCUAAUCUUCCGCCUCCUAAACGAAGCCACGGACGGCCUCGUCUCGACCCGGACAUUCUUCCUAGCAUAUCUAAUAGUCCCCGUCUUCAUCCUCGCAGUCCAACUAACAAUCAUGCCCUCAACCUCCUACAAAACAGCCGGCGAACUAGUCCAACAAGCCUCCGCCCAAGUGGUAGAUGAAAUGCACGACCGCAUAGACGAUCGCAUCCACGACCGAGACGAAGGCGAACGCCAACGAACCAUCCGCCGCGAACACCGCCAAAGCAUCGUCCACCAAAUCCAAGACCUGCUCGACGACGGCACAGCCUCGAUAGUCUCCGGAAUCAACAAUUCAGUCUUCAACUCGCCCCUCCGCCCAGCAAGUCCUCUACAAGAACUAAACAACCGCAGUCACUCCCCACUCCCCCAAAAACAAACCCAACCCCUCCCCAAACCCCAACAAACAAACACAAGCGGCGUCUGGGGCGUUCUCCACGGCCACAGCGCCCUCAGCCAACUCCGCACCCCCUGGUUCAUCCUAAUAACCGCCUUCACAAUCCUAAUGAUGCUCCGCAUAAACUACUUCGUUGCCACCCUGCGCUCCCAAUACACCUCCCUCCUACACUCCGGGGCUAAAGCGGCCCAAAUAAACACCCUCUUCGACAUCGCCCUGCCCAUCGGCGGCCUCCUCUCAAUCCCCUUCAUCGGCACAUUCCUCGACAAACUGCGCACAGCGACCGUGCUCGCCAUCCUCGUCUGCGUCGCAACCCUAAUCGGGAUUCUAGGCUGUAUACCAGAUAGCAUGGGCGCGGCGUAUGCGAAUAUCGCGCUGUUCGUGCUAUACAGACCGUUCUAUUAUACGGCUGUGUCGGACUAUGCGGCCAAGGUUUUUGGGUUCCAGACUUUUGGCAAGGUGUAUGGGUUGGUUAUUUGUUUGGCCGGGGUGGGCAAUUUUGCGCAGGCGGGGCUUGAUGCGGUGACGUUGGGGCGGUUUGGGGGGAUCCGAUUCCUGUUAAUGCUGUUUUGA